AGAGCAUGGGGGGAGGAGAGGCCAUGUUUGGAUGGAGGGAUGGAUGCAGGGAUGGCUGGAGGAGGUGGAGGCUUUAAAGUCAGAUGCAGUCGUUCAUGCUCCCACUUCUGUCCUGCCCCCUCCCCACGUCCCAGCAGGCCCUGCACUGCCACGAGUCGUCAUAGUGUCGUUGCUCCUCAGCGCCCCCUGCAGCCAUGUGUGAUGAUGAGGAGAGCACCGCUCUGGUCUGUGAUAACGGAUCCGGGCUCUGUAAGGCCGGGUUCGCGGGAGACGACGCUCCCAGAGCUGUCUUCCCAUCCAUCGUGGGCCGGCCCAGGCACCAGGGAGUGAUGGUGGGCAUGGGGCAGAAGGACAGCUACGUGGGCGACGAGGCCCAGAGCAAGAGAGGAAUCCUCACCCUCAAGUACCCCAUCGAACACGGCAUCAUCACCAACUGGGACGACAUGGAGAAGAUCUGGCAUCACUCGUUCUACAACGAGCUGCGAGUGGCUCCGGAGGAACACCCCACGCUGCUGACCGAGGCGCCCCUCAACCCCAAAGCCAACCGGGAGAAGAUGACCCAGAUCAUGUUCGAGACCUUUAACGUCCCUGCCAUGUAUGUGGCCAUCCAGGCUGUCCUGUCCCUGUACGCCUCCGGAAGAACCACAGGUAUCGUCCUGGACUCCGGCGACGGCGUCACCCACAACGUGCCGAUCUACGAGGGCUACGCUCUGCCGCACGCCAUCAUGAGGUUGGACCUGGCGGGACGCGACCUCACCGACUACCUCAUGAAGAUCCUCACAGAGCGAGGCUACAGCUUCGUCACCACCGCCGAGAGAGAGAUCGUGCGAGACAUCAAGGAGAAGUUGUGUUACGUGGCUCUGGACUUUGAGAACGAGAUGGGGACGGCAGCCACCUCGUCCUCCUUGGAGAAGAGUUACGAGCUUCCUGACGGUCAGGUCAUCACCAUUGGCAACGAGAGGUUCCGCUGCCCAGAAACGCUGUUCCAGCCAUCCUUCAUCGGCAUGGAGUCGGCUGGCAUCCACGAGACCACCUACAACAGCAUCAUGAAGUGCGACAUCGACAUCCGUAAGGACCUGUACGCCAACAACGUGCUGUCCGGCGGAACCACCAUGUACCCAGGCAUCGCUGACCGCAUGCAGAAGGAGAUCACGGCCCUGGCCCCCAGCACCAUGAAGAUCAAGAUCAUCGCCCCCCCAGAGAGGAAGUACUCCGUGUGGAUCGGCGGCUCCAUCCUCGCCUCCCUCUCCACCUUCCAGCAGAUGUGGAUCAGUAAGCAGGAAUACGACGAAGCCGGACCCUCGAUCGUCCACCGCAAGUGCUUCUGAGUGACGCCCGCGUCCUGGUUCUAGUUUCAGCUCCUGCAUCGUCUAUGUAACCCUCACUGAGCACAAGCUAACUGCAUCCGGAUCAGCUCCUGAAAGCAUCCAGCAGCCAAAGCCUCCUGCUAGUUUAGCAUUUAACAGCUGGAAAGCAUGAAGUGAUGUCGUCUUUUUUUAAUCCAGAUGUUUAAGAGAACUGAACCUUUUACAUUCAGAACCUCAAUUAGAGAACUUCAGCAGCUUAUCCUCUGCUCACCCUUAAACUGUGAACAUGCCACGUGCCCCACCCCGCUCCACCUGUAACCCCCCACCCCUUCAUUCCACCUGUAGCCCCCCACUCCUCCCCCGCCCACCCUCCAUGUCGGUACUGUUUCUUGUCAAAGGGCGUUUUUUCAUUUUUAUGAAAGAAUUUUGAUUAUUGCUUGUUGGUGUCCCCUUCCAUUGUUGAGGAACACAUUCACACAAGUAUGAUAAUGUCACAGCUGUUUAAUUCUGGGUAGGUGUGGCCUCGUGGUGCCACCUGAAAGAACUAAAAAGUGGAGAAUCGUGUGUGUGAUGGAAUGCUGACAAAAUGGAAGCAGCCGACAAUUGAAGACAAUAAAGAGAACAAUAAAGAGAUACCAGAACCUG